AUGUCACAACCAUCAUCACAACCACAAAAGAAGGUAAUCUCGUUAAAGAUAUCAUCAAAGCCAUCUUCAACAUCGACCGAUAGCAUUUACAAUCAAAAGAGUACAUUUGCACCUGUUACACCUAUCAAAUCAGAGUAUAAUGCUGCUUCAUCAACACAAUCACCUUAUUCAAACUAUAAUAAAGGUGGUGGUUAUAAUGGUUAUAAUAAAUCAUGGUCAAAUACAUCAACAACAUCAACAACAUCAACAACAUCAAAUAAUACAUCUAAUACUUCUACAACACAACCAGAUACAGUAGAAUGGAGUAAAUCAGAAGAUGGAACAACAUACAAGAUCAAUGGUCAUAAUAUUAAAUUCCCUUAUGAACCUUAUGAUACACAGGCAACUAUGAUGCAUAGAAUAUUAGAGGCUUGUGAAAAGGGUCAGAAUGCAUUGUUGGAGUCUGCAACUGGUACGGGAAAGACACUGUCUUUGCUAUGUGCAACACUCGAGUGGCAAAAGGGCAAGUUGGCAGAACGAGACUCCAACAUUAACGCAUUGGCACGCGCUGAAAGGGAAAAGGCAAACAAGGAACGGUAUCUAAUGGAAGAACGAAGAAAACGACCUAAAAAGGAUGAAGAUACCAAGAUUGUAUCGAGUGAUAUGUCCUUUCUCGAUGAUUUUAGUGAUACUGGUGUAAAGUUGCAAUCUGAUUAUGUACCACUUAAUGGUAAUGGACAAAGAACAAUGUCAGCUCAUCAUCAACAAAGUUCACAACAAUCACAACAAUCACAAUCACAAAGUCAAAGUCAAAGUACAACACCACCUUCAACACCAUAUGGUGGUUCUGCAGCUACAUCACCAACAACCAACGUAUCAACACCAGAUUUAUUAGAAAAAGCAAAAGAAGAAGUGGCAUCAGUACCAAAGAUAUUCUUUUGUUCAAGAACUCAUUCACAAAUUGCACAAUUGACCUCUGAAUUGUUAAAGACACCUUAUAGACCACGUAUGUGUGUAUUGGCAUCAAGAGAUCAUUAUUGUAUCAAUCCGAAAUUGGCUGGGUAUGAUCGUAAAAAGGACAAGUGCAGAAAAGUAAGAAAAGAGAGAAACUGUCGAUUCGAACGUCGUACCAAGCAAUACUCACUCUCCCAGAUACCAAAGUUCCUACCGGGUGGAGAAAAGGAGGUUUGGUCAAUCGAAGAUUUCAUCGAUGGUGGUAAAGAUCUCGGUGAAUGUCCAUACUAUGCUUCAAAAGGUUUCAUCGAACAUGCAAAUCUAAUCUUUUGUCCUUACAAUUAUAUCAUUGAACCAAGUAUCCGUAAAAUUUUUAAAGAACAUUUUGAUAAUUCAAUUAUUAUUUUUGAUGAAGCUCAUAAUAUAGAAGAUUCAUUAAUGUCAGCAGCAAGUUUUGAAUUAACAAAAGAAGAGGUUAAUGAAUCAACAACACAAUGUAAAGAUACGAUGAGUAAUUCAAUGAUUAUGGAUCAAGCAACACCAAAUGAAAAAGAGACAAUGUUGUAUUUAUAUUCAUUGUUUGAUAAGAUGGGUACAUGGAUGUCAAGGAAUGAAAAGGUACUGACCGAUCAAGACUAUAAGAAUCAAAACAAUGUAUGGUCUGGUAGAAAGAUUCUAGAGGUUUUGGAAAAGGAUUUUGGAUUGACAGCUGCAAAUUAUAGAAAGUUGAGGGAAUCUCUGGAUCGAUUGGAAAAGGAUGAUACUGAAGGUGGUGGUACUGUUUCUGCAGAAACACCAAACAAACCUGGUGAAAAGGGUCUUGCCGACGAACACCAAUCAAAAACAAAGCAAAGAGUUAAAAUGGAAAAACGUGACAAUGAAUUACUGAGUCCAAAGAUCUUGGGUAUUUUAGCAAAUCUUGCUCAAGUCUAUGACUUUGUAUUUGGCAACUUGCAAUUCAUUUCCGAUUUUAGAAUGUUUUUCCAACGUCAGGAAGUUUAUGGUAUUUGGUGUAUGAAUCCUAGAUCGGCAUUCAAAUCGAUUCGUGAAAAGGCACGUACCAUCAUUUUAACAUCUGGUACAUUGGCACCGUUAAAUUCAUUUGCCAGUGAAUUGUCAUCGCCGUUCCCAGUGACUGCCGAACUCGGUAAUCUAGGUGACAUCACCAAACGUGUUUGGAUUGGUACGCUUGGCGUAGGCACCAACAAUACCAAGAUGGAUUGCACAUUCAAGGGAUCCGAGAAUCUCCAAUUUCAAGAUGCACUCGGCGAUGCUAUCCUCAAACACCUUCAAGUCGUUCCAAAUGGAGUAUUGGUCUUUUUCCCAAGUUAUGCAUUUAUGGAAAAGAUAAAGAAUCGUUGGGAAAUGACUGGCAUGUACAACAAGAUUGAUCAAUGCAAACCAAUCUUUUUCGAACCAAAACAAACCAAGGAUUUCAAACGAGUGUUGGAAGGAUACAAUGAUGCCGUCAAAACAGGUGCCACCCUCUUUUCAGUGUGUCGUGGUAAAGUCAGUGAAGGUAUCAACUUUUCAGACGAGUAUGCUCGUGGUGUCAUCAUUGUUGGUAUUCCUCUUCCAAAUAUUAAAGAUCUCAGAGUUGAUCUUAAAAAGAAAUAUAAUGAUUCAAAUUGUUCAAUUAUUCAAAAUUUAAUUAAUGGAAAUGAAUGGUAUACACUUCAAGGAUAUAGAGCAUUAAAUCAAGCAAUUGGUAGAUGUAUUAGACAUAAAGAUGAUUAUGGAUCGAUUUUAUUGAUUGAUAGUCGGUUUACUCAGGAGAGUGUUUGGAGGAAUCUUUCAAGAUGGGCAAGAAUGUGUAUAAAGAAUAAUAAUUCAAUCGAUAGAUCUCUGCCUUCACUCAAAUCAUUUUUUGAUUCAAGAAAACUUUUAGAACAAACAAAAGAUAAUGAAAGAAGAUCUUCUUAUAAUUCUCCACCUCAUCAACAACAACAACAAACAUCUCCAUCAUCUGCAUCAUCUUCAUCAUCAUGGACAACAAAGAAUAAAUUUUCACCAACAAUAGCAAAAGUUAAAGAUGAAUAUUCAACUUCAACUACUUCAACAACAUCAACGACAUCAACGAAUAGUUGCCAACAAACACCAAAAAAAGCAGUUUCUUUAAAUAUAAGUAAAAAUAGUUAUAAUGUUAAUAAUAGUUAUAACACAAAUUAUAAUAUUAAUAAUAAUAAUAAUAAUAAUAAUAAUAAUAAUAAUAAUACAAAUAGUAAUUAUAAUAGUAAUGGAAAAAGAGUAGCAUCACAAGAAGUUAUCAGUUUGGAUGAAGAUAGUGAUCCAAUCGAAUAUUUAGGAUCAGCCAUUAAAAAACAAGCCCCUGCAACUUCAACUUCAACCUCAACCUAUAAUUUUAGUCGUCGAACCAAUCUACAACAAUAUAAACCAUCAUCAUCAUCAUCAUCAUCGUCAUCAGAUAUGAAUCAUGGUUUUUAA